AACAUUUAGUAGAUCAUUGUAUAUGUGGCCUUACAAGCGAAAUCUUACUGUCCAGCGUGAAUGUGAUUUUUAGACUGUGAUUUUUGGAUUUUGGUUUUUUACAAUUUAUAUUAUCUAUACAUACGCUAUUUAUAAAUUUAAUUUAUUAAAUAAACUGAAUGAUGAAGAGAGUGAUUAUUUUUGUUAACGGGACUGAUGUUAAUGGCAAGGUGUUUGUAGUGACUCAUUCGUUAGACGAAUUAUUGACAGCGGCUAGUGCAAAAUUUGAAACAACAGCAAAAAAACUCUUUACACCACAAGGUGGUGAGAUUGAUGAUAUCAAGCUAAUUAGGGAUGAUGACAUUUUGUAUGUUUCAAGUGGAGAAGAUUUUAUACACUUAAAUAAAAUAUGUAGCCAUAAUAAAUUAAAUAAAAAUCCAGAAUGGAUUACAUUGAAUAUAGGAGGUAAAUAUUUUACUACGACUAGGGACACUCUGACAAAGAAGGAGCCUAUGAGUAUGUUGGCAAGAAUGUUUACAGAGAGCACAGAUGCUGAACACACAAUACAACCUAGUAAACAGGAUCAUCUCGGAGCAUAUUUGAUUGAUAGAAGUCCUACAUAUUUUGAACCACUAUUAAAUUACCUUAGACAUGGUCAGAUGAUACUUGAUUCCAAUGUCAACAUAGCGGGUGUAUUAGCAGAAGCUUGUUUUUAUGGCAUUGAAGGUGCUAUUCGAAUUCUCACUUCAAUGUUGGAAAAAGAAGAACUGCAAAAAGAAGGUCUUGUGUCUCUUACUCGCAAAGAUGUACUUAAAGCUAUCAUGUCGACGCCAAUUACCGCAGAACUGAGGUUUCAAGGAGUUGAUUUUGUGAGAGCCGAUCUUUCAAAGCUAGAUCUCAGAAAUAUUAACUUUAAGUAUGCUAUCAUGCAUCAUUGCAGUCUGGCAGGCGCUAAUCUGUCAGGAUGCUGUUUUGAGCGCGCCGAUUUAUCUCACGCCAAUUUGCAAGGCGCUCAACUCGUAUGCGUCAAAAUGUCGUGUGCAAAUUUAGCCGCGGCGAAUUUGUAUUCGUGCAAUUUCGAGGAUCCAGGUGGUCUGGCCGCGAAUAUGGAGGGCGUGAAUUUGAAAGGUGCUAACCUCGAAGGCAGUAAUAUGGCAUACGUCAAUCUUCGGGUGGCCACGUUAAAGAAUGCUAUUCUUAGAAAUUGCGUUUUGAGAUGCGCCGUUCUAGCCGGUGCCGAUUUAGAGUGUUGCGACUUAUCUGGCUCUGAUCUGCAGGAUGCGAACUUGCGCGGUGCGAAUUUGAAGGAUACCGCUUUUGACUUAAUGUUGACGCCGCUGCACAUGUCUCAAACAAUACGAUAACAAUGAAUGUUAUGCCACACGCAUAUUAAUACUGCAGCUUAAAUUUUGCAGUAAUUAUGUGUUUGGCAUAAGUGGCAGUAAUUUAAAUUCGGCUAACAUUGUAACAUAAGAUGCUCUUCUCGUGUGACAUGAAACGGCAUUAAAAUUGGGAUGAUUAUUGUAAUGCACGCAUACACAACAUACAAGAGAGAAAGCACACACACGACAGAUAAACUACAGUGAAAAAAAAAGAUGUUUUUUAAAAUGCUCACUUAAAUACAUAACUAUGUAUUUAAGUGAGCAUUUUAUAAUAAAAUAAAUAUAAUAAAUAUAAUAUUCUAUUAUAUAUAUAUAUUCUGUUAUCAAUUUUUUGAGUCACACAUUGAUAGUUGUAGAAUGUAUUUAGCAUUUUAAAAAAUGCUCACUUAAAUACAUAACUAUGACUAUUACAUGUGUAUAAUUUAACUUCUCGAUAUAGCAUUUAACAAGUAAUAGUAUAUUAUUAUACAUUCCACAACUAUCAAUGUGUGACUUAAAAAAUUGAUAACAUAAUAGAGAAUAUAUAACAGAAUAUUAUAUUUAUUAUAUUUAUUUUAUUAUAAAAUGCUUACUUAAAUACAUAACUAUGACUAUUACAUGUGUAUAAUUUAACUUCUCGAUAUAGCAUUUAAAAAGUAAUAGUAUACGUAUAUUAUUAUACAUUCUACAACUAUCAAUGUGUGACUU